UUUGACACGCUUCUCGUCUUCUAUUCUACGUGGCCGUAAAUCUACACAGAUUUUAUCAGAUAAUUUUCCAGGGUUUUAAAAAAUAUUUUAACGAACAAAAUUAUGCCGGCGGAGCUGGAAAGCGUUCGAACGCGACAAAUAGUCGCUUUACGGACGAUGAUCAAUUUGAAUGAGCCCGUAGUCAAUUCUGGAGUCAGAGAACCGGUAUGGAAAGUAUUGGUGCUCGACAGAACCGGACAGGAUAUAAUUUCGCCGCUUCUCCCAGUCAAACAGCUCAGAGAACUCGGAGUUACCCUUCAUUUAUUGAUCGGAGCCCGCCGUGAGCCGCUAACCGACGUUCCAGCUGUGUACUUCGUGUCGCCAAACGAUGAGAAUAUUGAUUUGAUGAGUGAAGAUCUCAAAAAAGCCAUGUACGACUCGUUCUAUUGCAAUUUCAUCUCCCCGUUGGCUCGUCCUCGUCUCGAAUCGCUCGCUUCAGCUGCAGUACACGGGGGAGCAGUUUCACAAGUUCAAAAAGUAGUGGAUCAAUAUCUCAACUUCAUUUCCCUGGAAGAUGAUCUCUUUGUGCUCCGUCGUUACAGUGAAAAUAGUACAUUCUCAUAUCACGCAAUGAAUUCACCCGGAACAUCCGAUGUCGCCGUGAAUGCGAUGCUUGAUUCCAUUGCCGACGGACUUUUUGCAGUUUGUGCCACUAUGGGAAUUGUUCCGAUUAUUAGAUGUCCGAAGGGAAAUGCUGCUGAAAUGGUGGCAAAAAAACUCGAUCAAAAACUGCGUGACAAUCUCCGCGAUUCACGAAACAAUCUAUUCACAAUGGAUGGAGUUCGAAUGGGACUUUUACAGACAUCUCGACCACUUUUAGUGAUUGGAGAUCGUUCUGCAGAUCUUGCUACGAUGCUUCAUCAUACUUGGACUUAUCAAGCUCUGAUGCAUGAUGUUUUGGAACUCGAUCAAAACCGUGUGACAAUCAGUACUUCUUCUACUGGAAAGAAAAAGGACUACGAUAUGGCCACUGGUGGUUCGGAUAAACUUUGGAAUAAUCAUAAGGGUAGUGCUUUCCCGACGGUCGCCGAAGCUGUUCAGGAGAAUCUCGAUGAUUAUCGUAGCAAGGAAGAUGAUAUUAAGAAGAUUAAGCAGGCUCUUGGAUUAAGUGGAGAAAGUGAAGCAGCCGACGAAGCUCUCACCAAUGUUCUAGCUGAUACAACUGCAAAGCUUGGAUCGACUGUGAUGAGCCUUCCGGAUUUGCUCGAAUCAAAGAGGCUCAUUGAUUUGCACACGAAUAUUGCCACAACACUGCUUGACGUCAUCAAAGAGAGAAAACUGGAUGUGCUCUUUGAGCUCGAGCAAAAGCUGUUGCAACACUCACCGCUUGACCAACCGGUAACCCAGUUCCUGAGCAAUAUUAAUCACCAAGAAGACGUCCUUCGUGUGCUCAUAAUCGCAUUUUUGUGCCAGGAAACUGUCAAUCAGAAUGGAUAUGAUCAAAUGAUGAACUUGCUCCGUGAGCGAGGAAUUGAAGAAUCCGCACUGAAACAUGUGCAGAAGCUCAAAUCCAUUUCCCAACUUGGAUCCCGAGCCGCCAACUCUGCUCACACAGAAGAGCAUCAAGGUGCUGGAACAAAAACGAUAAGCAUGUUCGGAAAGCUUCUAAGUCAUAGUUCGAAAUUUGUAAUGGAAGGAGUCAAGAAUUUGGUGCCAAAAGAGCACAAUUUGCCACUUACAAAAAUGAUUGAUUCACUGAAUACGCCACCAUCAUCAACUGGAAUAUCAUCAGCUGUUGGAAUUAAUCAAAUGAUUGGAGGAUCAUCACAAGGACCUGAUAUUGAUGAUAUUUAUUGCUUUUUCGAUCCAAAAUUGAUGCAUCAGCCGACGAAGGAAACCAUCCUGCUUGCCCGUCAACAAUCUGCCCAAGACGUCAUUCUUUUCGUUGUUGGAGGUGGAAACUACGUGGAAUAUCAAAAUCUUGUGGAUUACGGUAAACGAAAAAAUCUGAUGCGAGUCACCUACGGAUGCACGGAGCUCGUGAAUCCCGCACAAUUCUGCGAUCAGCUCACUCGACUUGGUCGCGCCUCGGAUUAAACUGACGGCUCUCGUGCUUCUCCAGAACCAUACUGGUCUCUUCAUUUUCUCUUCCGUUUUUUUGCAAAAAAAACCCCAAAAACGAUGGGCGGAGCUAUCAUCAUCAUCGGCUCACGGAGCUCCACCCUCUUUUCUUUUGUGUUCACUUUUUUUUCGUUUCUUGUUUCGAUGUGCUCCCCCCCCCGUUUGAUUUUUUUGAUGUUCUUUCUUUUUUUUUUUGUUUAAUAUUCCCAUUUCAAUUUCCUGUAAGAUAAUCUAGGCGCCACGUGGCUUGGGCUGGAAAUUUUUAUUCGAAAAUCGUUUUUUUGUUGGAAAAAUGUAAAAUAUUGAAACCCUAAAAAUCUCUAGUUAAAAACGACGCUCCGAUAUCCCGCGGAACAGUUGGUUACUGUAGUUUUCGGUGUGCUAUAACGGCUUACAGUAACCCAAAGGUGCAUUUCCUGGGAUACCGGAGCGUCGUAGCAAGGAUUAGAUUCUUUAUAUUUGGGUUAUCACUUUUUGAAAUUGGCCAAUAUACCCAUAAGUGAUAAGCCACAAAUAAAGCCUUUAGCCCACAGAAUUUUAAAAAUCUAGAAGUCACCCAUAUUUUUCUAUUUUCACUCGAUUUUUUUCGAAUUCUGAAAACCCACGAUUUUCAAGAAA